AUGCACCCCUCGGAAGUAAAACMCCCUCGUCUCCCCCCUCCCCCCGCCGACAGACUCCAACUCGCGCGCAAACCGACAUCUACAGACGCAGACCCGAACCUAUAUCACUCCAUCCUGUCUCAACACCACCAACAACCUUCUUCAAAUCUCGAAGAUAACGAUGAUAAAGAUUUCGAAAAAACAGUUUUGUAUCUGGCAUACGGCUCAAACCUCUCCUUCGAAAAAUUCCGCGGUGACAGAGGGAUUAACCCGCUGUCGCAGGUCAAUGUGUACGUGCCGGCGCUGAGGCUCACGUUCGAUUUGGCUGGGAUACCGUACUUGGAGCCUUGUUUCUCGGGGACGCAGUACCGCAGUACCACGAAGGAUCGGAAUGAUGCGUCUAAAACGACGACGGAGCGGUAUCGGGAUGUGGUUGAUGAGAAGGCGACAAUCGACACCUCAGAAGAUGUCGACCUCGAAUCGGGGGAUCAAGGACAUGGUGGCUAUCGCAAAGACCAAUGGCACAAACCCCUCAUCGGCGUCGUCUACGAAGUCACUCUAACCGACUACGCACACAUAAUCGCGACAGAAGGCGGCGGGAACGGCUACGUGGACAUCGUGACUGAAUGUUUCCCAUUUCCCGGUGCUGACGACGACAACGAAUACAACCCGAAUGACCCGACGCCCGACGCGCCGUCUGGAAAACCGUUUAUGGCGCAUACGUUAUUAUCGCCGCCCAAAUCAGCGCAUGGACCGAAGAGCCAUGUCGUCAGGCCUGACCCGUCGUAUGCACAGCCAUCAGCGCGAUAUCUGAAAUUGAUAAUGGAUGGAGCAGAAGAGCUCAAUUUUCCGUAUGAUUAUCGCGCGUAUUUGGCGUCUAUAAGGCCGUAUAGAGUUACGACUUCGGGGCAAAAGGUGGGACAAUGGAUAGCAGUAUAUAUAUUGAUUCCGUUGUUACAGAUAUUCAUUGUGUUGGGGGAAUUGUUUGCGGAUGAGGAUGGAAUUAUACCGGCUUGGUUGCAGGCGGKGUUCAAUGCGAUGCGCGAGUUGAUGUGGAUGGUAUAUGAUGUAGUAGGUGUGAAAGUGCUGGGGGAUGGAGAGAGGAGUGUUGAUGAUACAUAG